CCAACAGUACACUGUACAACUGGGAGCUACCAACGGUAAAGGGGUUUAACCGUUUAGGGUUUUUCUCUCAAAAUCUGCUCUCUAAUUGUUCAGAGAAUUAAACGCAAAAGUCCCCAAUUCUUGGAGAUAUGGAUUUAUCAGAGGCCCAGAAACCGGACGUCGCUCCGGCCACUGCUUCCGCAUACCUCGAUCCCAAUUACUGGGAUCGGAGGUUUGAGCAAGAAGAGCAUUACGAGUGGUUCAAAGACUAUUCUUAUUUCCGUCACCUCAUUCUUCAAUACGUUAAACCCAACUCUGCAGUAUUGGAGGUUGGAUGUGGAAAUUCUCAGUUGUCUGAAGAACUUUACAGAGAUGGAAUUACUGAACUGACUUGCAUUGAUUUGUCAUCCAUUGCUGUUGAGAAGAUGAAGCAGCGACUACUUUCUAAGGGCUAUAAAGAAAUUAAAGUGCUGGAAGCAGACAUGUUAGACCUGCCUUUUGGAGACGAAUGUUUUGAUGUGGUUGUAGAGAAGGGAACCAUGGAUGUAUUAUUUGUCGACUCUGGAGAUCCUUGGAAUCCAGAACCUGCAACAGUGAGCAAGGUUAUGGCAAUGCUUGAAGGCAUUCAAAGAGUUCUGAAACCCCAUGGCAUUUUCAUCUCCAUCACCUUUGGCCAGCCUCACUUCAGGCGUCCUUUCUUCAAUGCUGCUGCAUUUACCUGGUCAGUUGAAUGGAGAACAUUUGGUGAUGGGUUUCAUUAUUUCUUCUAUAUCUUGAAGAAGUUCAAUCCAUCCCAAUACGGGCAUCAAACUAGAAAUGAUCUGCAAUUCGGAUUGGCAUCAAGGUUCGCAUUUACCCUAAUUGGAGGAGAGAAGAUGGGAAAAGAGUGCUGGGCCCUAAAGCCUUGCAUUAAGAUCAACAAACCUACCCCGUGAGAUUCUAUUUCUUUCCCACUUAACUUUAGUUGCUUCAAGCCAAACCUUGUGGCUCAAUGGUUAAUAUAAACUUGAACUUCAGAAUGCCGGUGACAUGUGCUUGCCCAAAUGAUAUUUCCAUAGAAAUGCUGGACUAUCAGCAAUUCCCUUAUAUUUCAGUCUUUUGACAUUUUAAUUAGAGAUUGUUAUACUGUAACAUUUCCGUUGUGAAUGUCAGCACCAAUUUGUGCUUACUGACAAUUCUACGUUCACACGUAUGUUAUGACAUAUACAUCUUUUGUCGUGGAUCUUACUGUAAAAUGACAAUUGUUGUAGAAGGAAAUACUAAGA